GCCGGUUCCCCUCCCGUCCCUUUCUUCUCCCCGCGCUGUUUAUUCGCCCAGCCCGCCCGGCCUGUCUCCGCCGUCGAAUCGCCUGGCGGAGCGCUGCGAAGGCGACUAACCGCAAGCGAGAUGCCUGUGAAUUUCAAAGAAGUUGCUAUGUAUUUCCCAGAUGAUCAAGGACCAUUGCUGGAUCUAGAUCAAAGGCAUCUCUACAAAAACCGCAUGCAGGAGAAUGCAGAUGACGGGCAGGUGCAUGAGAAGAAGGAAGAUGUUCUGGGGCAAAACUCUGAGCAAAAUCAGCACAUUGGGGCAUCCCCAGGAGCGGUGGGUGAAGUGAUUUCCCUGUGCUUUGAGGAAGAAGAGCCAACAGUGAAACAUCUCAACCCAGAGAGACAGCGGCAAUACCAUUUAUCACGGAGGCAGGAUAGCUCCCAGGUCCCCCAGCCUCCAGGCCCAGGGGCAGCUGGGAAGUCCAGGCGCAGAUCGAAGGUCCCAAGGACCUGCAACGAAUGUGGGAAGACUUUCGCUCAGGCCUCCAACCUCUUGGCCCACAAACGGAUCCACACGGGUGAGAAGCCUUAUAAAUGUGCCCACUGUGGAAAAAGCUUCACUGAAAGGUCAAAUCGUAACCGGCACCAGAGGACCCAUUCAGGAGAGAAGCCCUAUAAGUGUCUUGACUGCGGGAAGAGCUUCAGCUUCAGGUCAGACCUCAUCCGGCAUGGGAUUACCCACACGGGAGAGAGGCCAUACAAAUGCUCAGAUUGCGGAAAAAGCUUCAGCCACGCCUCGACCCUCAUCCGACAUGAGAACAUCCACACGGGGGAGAAACCCUACUCCUGUGCGGACUGCGGGAAAUGCUUUACCCAAAGCUCAUCUCUUCUGGCGCACAAACGGCUGCACACAGGAGAGACGCCAUUCAUAUGCCCCAUUUGUGGAGAGAGCUUCAACUGGAAGUCGCAUCUUGUGACGCACAAGCGAACGCAUACAGGGGAAAGGCCGUAUAAGUGCGCCAAGUGUGAGAAAAGCUUCAUUGAGAAAUCCAAACUGAACAGGCAUCAGAGGACCCACACGGAGAAAGAACUGUAUGAAUGUGGGGAGUGCGGAAGAAUCUUCAGCAUCCGAUCCAACCUGGUUAGGCAUGAGACCACUCAUCAGGGUGCAAAAUCCUACACCUGUUUGAGCUGUGGGAAAAGUUUCAACCAGUCGUCGAAGCUGAUGCGGCAUGAAAGGAUCCAUACGGGGGAGAAGCCGUACUCCUGCUCAGACUGUGGGAAAAGUUUUAGCCAGACCUCAGAACUCCUCCGGCAUGAAAGGAUCCACACCGGAGAGAAGCCGUAUAAAUGCUCCGUCUGUGGGAAGAACUUCAAUCGCAGGUCACACCUCAGUACCCACGAGGCGACCCACUUAGGAAACCAGCUGUGUGGAGGGCCAGAAAGCAGGACAGCCUAUGAUAGCAGCUCACUCUUCAUUGCAGGGGUGAGUCCCCACCAGCAGACCCAUGCGGACGGCCAGUCAUACCCAGGCUCAGACAGUGAAAAAGACUACAACCACAGCUCCAUUUUCAUUGCAGGCCUGAACCCCAACAGGCCCACACACGUAGGUGGCCGGCUAUAUGAAUGGCCCAACAAUGAGACAAGCUACAGCCAUUGUUCACUCCUAAUCACUGGAGUAAAUCCACAAGAAAGCAUCCAGGCAGAGGAACCACUGUUUCAGUGUCUGGACCGGGAGACCAGCUGCAGUCGUAGCCCGUUGUUUAAAUGCAGCAUGAAUACACAUCCGGUGGUCCUUUCAGGAGGCCGACCAUUUGCCUGCCUGGACAGCGAGAAAACUUACAGCAACCCCUUGCUUCUCCAGAAGGAGGAGAAACUGUUUAAGUGUCCCGAAUGUGGAAAGAGCUUCAACUGGCAGUCUCAUUUCAUCCGGCACAAAAGAAUUCACACAGGAGAAAAGCCGUAUUGUUGCACGGACUGUGGGAAGAGUUUCAACCGCAGGUCGCACCUUGUUCGACACGGGAGGACCCACGCCGGGCUGAUGCUCUACUCUCAGACUGAUGAAGAGUCCUCUGUUCAGGACCUCGUUUUCUUAAACCCAAGUGAAUCCAUGCAGGAGAGGACUUUGAUUAACACCCAGGCUGUGGAAGCUUCCUUUAUGGCUCGCACGAUGCUACAGCCUGGAAACCUCACAAUCCAGCCUGCCGAAACCACUCAGGAAUAAAUCUUUUGAAUGUUCAGUACAGGAUGAAGUAGUAAAAAAGCCAUCCCAGGGAGAAACUGUGUAUCGGGCAACUGAGUAGCACAUCUGUUUUCACUAGGCCCAAAUACAUGUGCAAGGGAACAGUGGCCUUAGUUCUUGCGAAAAAUAGAUGUGGUAAAACUGUUCCUAGCAGAAGAGGCCACGUGGAUGUUCUUCCAUAAAAAACCCCAAAUGUCCAUGCUUAUUGAAAAGUAGCAUGUCAAGGAGAAAUAUUCUAAGAUUGCAUUCUCCUUGAGGUGCUUCUUGUAUACCAGUGUUUCUCGACCUUGGCAACUUUAAGAAGUGUGGACUUCAACUCCCAGAAUUCCCCAGCCAGCAUGUUGAAGUCCACACUUCUUAAAGUUGCCAAGGUCGAGAAACAUUGUGCUAUGCACUUAGGGAUUUUUUGCAUGGAUGCACAUUCCCCACCUUCCAACACUGAAGGGGUGUUGUCUGAGAACAAUUUUCCUACUUCAUCUGUUACUUUUAUCAGCCAGCCUUCUAUUCAUGUUCACAAGAAGGCUGUUAAAGUUUUCAAUCGAAAGCCAAGCCUUGUGGAAGAAUUCAUGCCAAGAAUGCCUUCUCUUUUCUGGCCUUUGCAAAUCCUUCCAGUAGAGCUGAGAUGGGGAAGCCCUACCCCUCCAGUUGUUGGAUUUGCACUACCAUUAGCCUCAGCCAGUGUAGAUCAAGGAUGAUGGGGAUUGUGGUCCGGCAGGGUCUGGAAGGGCACAGGUGCUCGGUGUCAGCUGUUAGUGAGAUGGCUGGACUACUCAAGGCAACAUGGGGCGGGGGGUGGGGAGAGUUGAGUUGAAUAGCCCUCAGUAUUAGAAAACUCCUUCCAUUAAAGAAAAAAAAAAACCUUCCUUUCUGUUUUGAGAUGCAAGUUUUACAUAGGCUAGGAACAACUUUUCCUGCAUUCUGUGAGCUAGAUCUUAAAGCCAUUUCCACAUGUCCAUGUAGGUAGCAAAGUUCUACAGGAAAUUGCAUGAAUCAGUAAAUUUAGAUGGUAACGUGUUAGAACGACAGUAGCUGCCCAGCGGGUAUAUGCCGCAGUAGGAAAACAUGGGAUCUCUUCCUGCAGGAAAACCUUUUUAUACCAGACAGCAUUCCUGCGCGUAAAAAUUAUCCACUGCAUUCCUGCACGUAAAAAAAGGGUUGAUUUCAACAUAUUCCCUCACUGGAGAAAGAACACUAAUUCCAUCUCCUCUCUGCAUCCCCUAGAAUUGCUCCAGAAACAAUUUGGAGCAGGUCAGAAGGGAAAGGAAAAAUGGCUGAAAAUCAUAUUCUUUUUCUCAGUCACCUGCUGCAGGAAGAAAUCGGUUGGAUUCAGCCCAUAUCUAAUGUCCACUAGCUUUAAUAUCUGCAGACAGACAGUAUCCCUUCUAAGUGAUAUCCACAGGUUUGUCGAACCAGUCUUGUCAUUCUUAUGUCUGCAAAUGUCUUUAUAUCAGACACAUUCCUGGAUGGGGUGUUCAGUUAAACCGGUGGUAGAUUUUCCAGCAGUUGAUGUAGGAUGUCGGGUUUUGGUAGCAGCUAGAGAUUGUUCAGAACAGGAAUUCUGGAGAGGAUAAACAAGUGACAUUAAUGGGUGAGCAUGGAAAAUGGAAAGCAAGAACUCUGUUUCUGGAGGGAGAUGAGAGAAAAUUGGGACUGGGUUUGGAAGAGGAAGAGUUAAACCACCUUUGUGAUCAAUAGUUUGCAAUGGCUACUCUUCUUGAGUUAAAAUAAAGAUGGAGCAUUUAGUAAGUGAAUUCUCCCCAGCCCCAAAUCUUUUUUUCCUAUGUCCAUAUUACAGCUCUUCAAAGAUACCAGGAUGCGUGUUGUAUUUGUUUCUUUCCUUCUACCACAUCUUUUGGUAUUUAACUUUCCUCCCUAAUCCUCUCUCAGAUUUAACUCAAAGGAUGUCAUCUCCCAAGAUAUCAAGAGCAGUUUAGGCACAUCCAAUGUUGUGUAGUUUUUGUGGGCCGGUCUGUAAUAGAAGACAUUAAAAUUUAAUUGUGUGGUUUUCCCCCAUUCCUUGUUGACGAUCUUAUUAAACUUCUUGUAGACCGAUUCCACUAA